AUGGAAAUGAGAGCUUCAGCGGAACGAGACCGCAAAAAACUUGCUGAAGACGAGAGAAAAGCAGAAUCGUCUUCUUCCGCUGCCGAUGAAAAACUGGAAACGAAUCAAGAACCAUCGUCAUCAAAUGAGAAAGUAAAAGGACUAGAUAAAGAUGAUGUAAGUGACGGUAAUAGAAUCCCUGAUCCGGAAGAAAAAACCGUAGAAGAUUCUAUCAGAAAUAUAGUGCGUGCUAUGAUAGAACUGAGAGCUCUAGUGGGUUGGGAUUCUGCUAAAGAGAUAGCGUAUGCUGCCAUGGAAGCGAGAGCUCUAGCGGAACGGGAGCGCAAAAAACUUGCUGAAGACGAGAGAAAAGCAGAAUCGUCUUCUUCCGCUGCCGAUGAAAAACUGGAAACGAAUCAAGAACCAUCGUCAUCAAAUGAGAAAGUAAAAGGACUAGAUAAAGAAGCUAAUAUGAACAAAAAAGCGAUAGAAGAGAAUAAAGAGAUGUCAGCAAUUGCAGAUGAUGAUGAUGAAAAAACACCGAAAUGUAUGGACGUAUUUGUGAAAUUUUUGCGAAGACUUCCGUUUACCAUCCGUUCUUGUUUCGGAAGACGAAAGUAAAAUCGGCGAUAGCUAAAAAGUAAUGUAGAAUAUUGCAUAAAUUUUAAUUAUUACAUUUCGUUGAGUUCAAACAAUUUAAUCGGUGUACUAUUUUCAUGAUAUUUUUCUUAAUCGUAUAAAAAUGAACGUUACAUUCCAGAUUACGCUUUUAAUAUUAAUUAAAAUUAAAAAAACUAAUAAAUUAAUCAAUAAAAAUCGUUUAUAUAAUUAUAAGAGAAGGGCACAUUUUAAAAUUUAUGUAAUAAAAAUUUUUGCUGUGGAUUUUUGCUGGGCGGCACGUGAAAUCGAAUCAUUCGCUCUGUACUUUCAUAUGCAUUUAUGUCCAUAUUUUAUACAGUUUCUUAUAUAAUUAUCUACUAGGACAGCGCUUAUUAAUAGGACUUUACUAGUGUUCGGUUUCUGCAAUUAAAAAAAUUGAUCCAGAGAAAACAAACAAUCUUUAUUGUUCACCACGUAUUUCGCUUGUACACACUUUCUUUGUGUUUCGGACUUUCAGGUCUCUCUUCAGCAGGUUUACAAAAACAUAAUGCUAAAAAAACAAAAAUUUAUAAAAUUUUACAAUACUAUAAUACAAAGAUUACCCGACAAUAAUAUAUUGGUGUUAGCAUGACUUACAAUUUUACCUUCGUUAAUUACUUCGGUAUGUAAAUAAAUACACAGAAGAAUUCCCAUCAUUAUAUCACAAUACCUGUAUAAAGUUAAAACACAUUUAUAAAUAUAUAAUG